CGAAUGAUAUCUAUGGUACUGGAGGCAGCGCUACUUCCUUUUCCAAGAUGUCGGUGUACGGUCCGGUGGUGAAAAUUCAUCCCGUUGUGCUCGCCUCUAUCGCCGAUUCGUAUGAACGGCGAAAUGAGGGGGCCAGCCGCGUUAUCGGAACGUUACUGGGGACCGUGGACAAACAUACGGUUGAAGUCACCAACUGUUUCUCUGUUCCCCAUAAUGAAUCGGAAGAUGAGGUUGCUGUCGAUAUGGAAUUUGCCAAGAACAUGUAUGAGCUCCACAGAAAGGUCUCCCCCAGUGAGGUUAUCAUUGGCUGGUAUGCUACAGGAUAUGACAUCACAGAGCACUCAGUGCUGAUUCAUGAAUACUAUAGCCGCGAGGCUCAAAACCCCAUCCACCUGACUGUGGACACAGCCCUGCAGAGCGGCAAGAUGAACAACCGUGCUUACGUCAGCGCUCAGAUGGGGGUGCCGGGGAAAACAGUAGGUGUGAUGUUCACACCCCUGACCAUCAAGUACGUGUACUAUGACACGGAGAGGAUAGGCGUGGACCUUCUCCAGAGAACGCGAGUGUCAUCCAGCCGCACCAACGGUCUGACAUCUGACCUGGAGCAGGUCGGGACGGCGGCCUCGCGGGUUCAGGACAUGCUGGCCACGGUGCUGUCUUACAUCGAGGAUGUUCUGUCCGGUAAGGUCACAGCAGACAACAGCGUGGGUCGCUUCCUCAUGGACCUGGUGAACAAAGUUCCCAAGGUCACAGCUGAGGACUUCGAGACCAUGCUGAACUCCAACAUUAACGACCUGCUGAUGGUGACCUACCUGGCCAACCUUACCCAAGCACAGAUAGCUCUCAACGAGAAGCUUGUGCUCCUCUGAACUUAAAGAUGGAAGAAGAAUUUUAAACUUGACUUAUAAGAAUAAAGGUGUUAAACAUUCCA